UGUCUCGUAGUAACGCAGCUCACCUGCAGAAACACACCGGGACUCACGGACACCUCUGACCGACACACGGACCUGCUGGCCGGCUGCAGACCCCGCUGCCUCCUCCUUACCGUGGCCCGGUACACGCUCACUAACCCAACACCGUCGGUUCCGAUGCUCGCCGUCUUGUUGGACCUGGAUCUGCGCGUGGCCUGCGGCGGUACCGUCGAAUGAUGACAUCAGCGCGUGCCAGUCUCCCCUCUCUGCGCGUGAGCUGAUCGAUCACGUCUCAGGUUAAUUGAUUCGCGCAGCGGAGAGCCAAUCAGAGUGAUCGAUCAGCUGAUCGGUCAGAGGUUCGGAGCCGCUGACCCAGUCCAGCCAGCGGUGCCGUGGAGUCCAGAUGCUGCCGGCCUCCAUCCAGAUCACCGGGGAGCUGCUGUCCGCCACCGAGGUCCAGGACAUCUGCGAGAGCCUGAAGGAGGACGGCGUCCGCCUGCUCUCCGUCCGCGGCUGCCAGCUCUCCGACCGAGACUUCGGCCGCGUGUGCCGCAGCGUGGCCGCGUCCCGCUCGCUGGCGCAGCUCAACCUCAACCUGGGCGUGGUCUCCAGCCUCAGCCGGACGCGCCACCUGGCCGACGCCCUGGCGACCAACCGCUCCCUGCAGACCCUCUUCCUCCACGGCAGCCCGCUGCUGGACGCCGGCCUGGCGGCCCUCAACCCGGCGCUGUCCACUCACCCGGCCCUGGUGUGCCUGGACCUGGGAGACUGCAUGCUGGGCGAGGAGGCGCUGGCGCUCAUCUGCGGGAUGCUGCCGCCUGACGGCGCCAAGUCAGGUCUCAGGGAGCUGACUCUGAGCGCUAACCCCCGCAUCGGCUCCAAAGGCUGGGCCCGUUUCGCCAUCGCCGUGGCCCACAGCUCGCAGCUGCGGGUGCUGAACCUGGACUACAACCCUCUGGGAGAUCAGAUUGCAGCCAUGCUGGCGGUCGCUGUGGCAUCUAGCAGAACCCUGGAGGUCCUGGACCUGGAGGGAACUGGACUGACCAACCAAUCCGCCCAGGUGUUCCUGGACAUGGUGGAGAACUACCCGACCAGCCUGCGGGUUCUGGUUCUGGCUGAAAACGACAUCAGCCCUGAGCUGCAGCAGCAGAUCAGCGACCUGCUGGCUGAAGGAGAGGACGAGGACAGCAGGGACGCCCCACCUGGCCUGCCGGGCCGCACCCCCAGCAGCGCGCUGCAGCCAAUCAGGGAGAAGCACCAGCCCCUCACCUGGCUCCCCCACAGCAACGCCGGGCCGCCGAUGGUCAUGCUGACGUCAGGUCUAGGUGAGAGCUUAUUGGCUGAGACUGAGAUGUGACCCCUCCCACAAACACACUCACUUCCUGUCAGAAUGUUCUCACUUCCUGGAUCGGAUGCUUGUUUGUCUACACCCACUUUCACAAACUCUGCCUGGUCUGAGGGGGCACCUGGGAAAGGGGAGGGGCUUGCAGACAGGUGUGCUGUUUCUGAGGAAUGUACAUUCAGGUGUGUUGAUUUGUUCUGCUGCGAUGAUGUCACAAUAAAACAGUUUACAGCUUUGUAAGUAAA